AUGAAAAAGGAAGAAUUCCGUUGUAAAUAUUGUUUGGGAGACGGCAAGGUGUCUAGUAGCAGUACCGAUGUGCUGCUCUUGCAUAAAGAAAUUGAUUGCCUUACACGAGAAAAGCAAUUGCUAGAAAAGUAUGUGAGUGAACUAGAAUUUUCUAAUACUAUUUUGAAAUCUAAAACGCCUGCUGUUUCCUCUACACUGAAUGGCUGUUGGUUUUUUUCCGAACUCGUCGUUGGUAAACACAUACUCGCAAGCAGCAAAAAAAGUCUCGCCAUCAGCUGUGCUGGUUAUUAA